GGAACGGGGAAUGGCAACACCAUCUCAUCAAGUCCCGGUAUAACACCUCAUCUACUCCCCUGGACCUCUUCAUCAUUGCGCCAUAAUGUCUUCUCAGCGAAGGACCAGCCUGCGCGUUCCGCCGUUCUUCCGGCGACUCUUCAAGUUCACUUCUAUGGAUUUCGAGACCGCCGUCUGGGAGAUGAUCAAUCUCAUCAUAGCGCCUAAAAAGGUGUUUAGAAACAUCUACUACCAUAAACAAACCAAGAACUCGUACCACAGGCCAGACCCGGCAUUCACCUACCUGCUCUCCCUCUUCAUGCUCCUCACCGGGGUGGCUUGGGGCAUAGCAUACGCCCGCGGCGUCGGCCAAACGAUCCAAGUGGCCCUGGUCUUCGUCUUCGGCCACUUCCUCGGCGCCGCUCUUAUCGUCUCAACCCUGAUGUUCUUCCUCGUCGGGCGUGUCUUCGGGAAAAGGCGCACGGGGCUCUUCGGACCACCAUCCGGGGGAGAAGAAGCAUUGGAAUUCGGGUACUGCUUUGACGUCUCUACUCGUGCAUACCUCCCCAUCUGGCUCUUCCUCUACAUCCUCCAAUUCCUCCUCCUUCCCCUCAUCGCCCCAGACUACUGGGUCUCCAAUUUCUUCGGCAAUACCAUGUAUCUUCUCGCCCUCUGCUACUACCUAGUCAUCACCUUUCUGGGUUACAACGCAUUACCCUUCCUCAGCCGCACCGAGAUUCUCUUGGCCCCGAUUCCCAUGCUGUUGAUCUUGUGGAUCCUCAGCCUGUACGCUUUUGAUUGCGCAACUCACCUGGCCCCUGUGCUUUGGUGCGGCGUUGAUCUCAGAGGCCCGGUAUGAUAGGAUUAGAAGCGAAAACAGCAUCACUAUCGUCUCCUCCGAUGUCAUCUUGAUGUAAUGAUUUGUACAUGUAUGUGUCUACUCUAUUCGAUGCCAUCGUCACGUCCCAUUUCAUGCGCGGGCCUGGAUACUAUACAAUGAGUCGAGAUGUCCCAUGCCGGCGCCACCUUCAUCUACAGCCUCCUCUUCUCACUAACCUCCUCAUACGUCUGCACCUGGUCGCCGACCUUGAAGUGCUCCCACAUGUCAAACCCAAUCCCACACUCCGUGCCCUUGCGCAUCUCCUGCACGUCCUUCUUGACGUUCUUGAGCGAAGAAAUCGUUCCUGGCAAAACGUCAGUCAGCGCUCGACUUCCUCAUCUGAAAGAAGA